AUGAGUUGGCAACUGGGCAUCAGGUCCGGCAGCGACAAGGGCAACUUCAGCAUGCUUUCUGCAGUGGUGCCAAGGAAGGCUGUGGGCAGCGUGGUCUCUUCCCGUGCUGGCCAAGGAGCUGGGCCUGGCCUUGGCAGCCGGAGCCUCCACAGUCUUGGGGGGAACCGGCGGAUUUCUUUCACUGUGGCACGCAGUGGUGCUCGGGGGGCUGAGGGGUACAGCUCUGGGUAUGGAGGGGGCAGGGCCAGUAGCUUUCCUGGCAGCAUGUUUGGCAGUGUGGCCUUGGGACCCACCUGUUCAUCCGUGUGUUUGCCUGGGGGCAUUCACCACGUCACCGUCAACAAGAGCCUGCUGGCCCCACUCAAUGUGGAGCUGGACCCCGAGAUCCAGAAGGUGCGCGCCCAGGAGCGGGAGCAGAUCAAGGCCCUGAAUGACAAGUUCGCCUCCUUCAUCGACAAGGUGCGCUUCCUGGAGCAGCAGAACCAGGUGCUGGAGACCAAGUGGGAGCUGCUGCAGCAGCUGGACCUGAACAACUGCAGGAAGAACCUGGAGCCCAUUUAUGAGAGCCACAUCAGCAGCCUGCGGAAGCAGCUGGAGGCGCUGUCCGGGGACCGGGUGAGGCUGGACUCGGAGCUGAGGACCAUGCGGGAUGUGGUUGAAGACUACAAGAAGCGGUACGAGGUGGAGAUUACCCGGCGUACAGCAGCUGAGAAUGAGUUUGUGCUGCUCAAGAAGGAUGCAGAUGCAGCCUACACAGUCAAGGUAGAGCUUGCGGCCAAAGUGGACUCUCUGGACAAAGACAUCAAGUUCCUCAAGUGUCUGUACGAUGCGGAGAUUGCUCAGCUCCAGACUCAUGCCAGUGAGACCUCAGUCAUCCUGUCCAUGGACAACAACCGGGACCUGGACCUGGACAGCAUCAUUGCUGAGGUCCGCGCCCACUAUGAGGAGAUCGCCCUGAAGAGCAAGGCUGAGGCCGAGGCCCUGUACCAGACCAAGAUCCAGGAGCUGCAGCUAGCAGCCGGCCGCCAUGGGGAUGAUCUGCAACACACCAAGAGCGAGAUGUCAGAGCUGAACCGCCUCAUCCAGAGGAUCCACUGUGAUAUUACUAAUGUGAAGAAGCAGUGCUCUAACCUGGAAACUGCCAUCGCCGACGCUGAACAGCGAGGGGACAGUGCCCUCAAGGAUGCUCAGGCCAAGCUGGACGAGCUGGAGGGUGCCCUGCACCAGGCCAAGGAGGAGCUGGCCCGGAUGAUGCGUGAAUACCAGGAGCUCAUGGGCCUGAAGCUGUCUCUGGACAUCGAGAUCGCCACCUACCGCAAGCUGCUGGAGGGCGAGGAGUGCCGGUGA